AUGAUCAGAAUGUUCCUGGCACACCCGGCAACCUCACUGGCACAGCUGUCCUCCACCCGCGUUUUCUUCUGCCUCCUCCUGUGCAUCCCUCCUGUGUGGACCUCCUGCCCCCAGCCCUGCCAGUGCACAGACCACUCAGGAGCCAUGGCUGUGCUGUGCAGCUCAAAGCAUUUGGAUGAAAUCCCAAAGGACAUUCCCAAAGAUGCUGUGUUUGUGAAACUCGAUGCAAAUAAAAUCACCCAGAUCCCCAACAACGCAUUCAAACAUCUGAACCACUUGGAAGAGCUGGACCUCUCCAGAAACGCCAUUGAGAAGAUAGACAUGGCAGCUUUCAGAGGGGUGGCAGACGGGCUGCGGACACUGGAUCUUUCCAAUAACCUUAUUCAGAGUAUUCCCAAGGAAGCCUUAGUCAAACUGAAUGCUAAGAUCCGCCUGUCCAAUAACCCGUGGCACUGCGAGUGCGCUUUGCAGGAGGUGCUCUCGGAAGUGAAUUUAGAUCCCGAGUCAGUGAACGAGAUCACCUGCCAAACCUCUGUGCGCGAAGAAUAUGUCGGGAAACCUUUGAUCCAGGUCCUGGACUCUGGCGUCAAUUUCUGUAACAUCCAUCAAAAGACCACAGAUGUCGCCAUGUUCAUCACCAUGUUUGGCUGGUUCACCAUGGUCAUCACCUAUGUGGUGUAUUACGUUCGACACAACCAGGAAGAUGCCAGGAAGCACCUGGAGUACCUUAAAUCACUGCCUAGCACCCAGGUCCCCAAAGAGACCAUCAGCACGGUCCUGUAA